AUGGGCAAUAAUUGCUUUGGCUUUAAGAAAUGGCCGAUUCUGAUGCGGCCUCUGCCCACCCUGAUUAUCCUCCCUGCCCUCAUGCCCCGGAACAAGAACAAAGACUGCUGCAUUGUGCUUGGCACCGCUGGCAUGGGCAAGAGCGUGUCAGUGCGGAGGUGGGUGCGUGGCAACUUUCGCGAUGCGUAUCUGCCAACCAUCGCAGAUACCGACUGCCAUGUACUGAGCUCCAACCACGGCGUCGGGGCGCUGUACAGCACCGAAGCCACCGGCAGACCCCGCUACCCGGGUCUGCAGCGCCUCGCCGUUGCUAGGGGCCCUGCUGUCUUCCUGGUUUACUCCGCCACCAAGAAGCAAACCCUGGAGAAGCUGAAGCCUUUCUAUAAGCUGAUCUACAAAGUCAAAGACAACACCUUGCAUAAAUACCCUAUCGUUUUGGCGGACAGCAAAUGCCAAGAAAGCCGCUGGGAGUCCACAGUAAGUGCUGCCUGCGCGUUGGAGUGGAAUUGUGCCUUCUUGGAGACCUCCGCUGAGACGGAUAUCUGUGUGCAGGAGAUAUUUCACACGCUGCCGAACCAGGAGAAGACGUCUGCCGCCUGCCUUCACCAUCCCCAGAAGAAAUCCCUGAUGCCGGAGACCGCGGAGAAGCUGCUUAAUACGUACAUCGUUCUGACAAGACCAUGCAGAAUGCCUCCAGGUCAGAGCUGCCAAAAGGAUCUAGUACAGGAGCCCCUGACCGCAAUGGAGGACCCGACGCCCAGGCCGCAGCUCGGCUUCACGCGCUGGCGUUCUCCCGUUCGGGGACUGCCCUGCGCCCUGCUUUCAGUUGGUCGACCUGAGUGGCUUUGA